AUGACACCCUCUCCAGAAGGUCUCCAUUUAUCGGGGUUUUUCGCGGUACGACAAACCAAUUAUGGUGGUCGCGCUUGUUUCGCUCAAAGAAAUAUUUCUCGCGGAACAAUCAUUCUCGAAUCGAAAGAGCCCGUAGGCUGCACGGUAUGUUACGAUUUCCGCAAAGAAGUGUGUCACCGAUGUUUCCAUUACGAAGGUGGAAAUACCAUGAAGUUUAAACUGAGUGCAGAGGAUUUGCAGGCUUUUGUAAUCAAGAUUUACCCAUCUGGCAAGGAAAUGGAGACUCUCCUGAAAAAAGGCAGUUUCUUAGGAGCGGGACUUUGGUUUUGUUCGGACCUAUGUCGUCGUGAUUUUCUAACCCUCCGAGAUGUUUCUGUACUUUUAAUAUCUUUUGAAAAGCUUUUGCGUUUAUUUCAAAGCCAAAAUAAAGCCAGAGCAGCCCAAAAGUCGGAGGAAACAGGUGCUGAUCCGAUCGCUGCGGAUAUCAACAAACACAUCGAGCAACGAUGGAGUCAAAUCGAAACCGAAUGGAUCCCUCGCCUCAGCAAACUGAAAGACACACGCCAACAAAUGGAGGCCCCAAUUCUUACAGAGGAAGAAUACAUUUCUGUGCGUUUCGUAAUCGACACUCUAUGGCGUAUCCGUGCUGACAAUCUUAAGAAAGAGUUGUGCACCAGAAAUCAGGCUUUCGAGUGUCUGCAGUCGAAUGAGAUCUCUAAAAUAAGGCGAGCUCCGAGUUUGUUGAUGUCUCAAAUCAAAAUCUUUCAGACGCUCUAUAUCAUUCUCCCUUUCGAGUUGAAGUCUUUCUUGACAAGUACUCUGUUCAGACACAUCAUAGGAGCAGAUUAUGCCAAUUCAUUCGGAAUAUGGGAACUGGGGCUGCAAUCUGAUGCGCGCGAGCUUCUAGGGUACUGGAUGAUCCCAGAAGCGUCGUUUUUCAACCAUUCGUGCGCCCCAAACGUCGACAAGAGAAGGAUUGGAAAUACACUUCACUUCGUGACUAAUAAGGACAUCAAUGCUAACGAACAGCUUUGCAUCGAUUAUUCUGGCAUUUUGGAUCUUGAUGUUAAAGAACGACAAAAAAGUUUCUCUGAAAAUUGGUUUUUCAACUGCACCUGCGAUAGGUGUUCGUUAGAGUUGAAGGCGGUCUAG